UCACAUCUGGAGAAAGCAGAUGUCGCGCUUUUGGGAGCUGGCGCUGCGUUUCCGCGCUGUCAUUGUUUCCGUUUCCACCUCCGAGAAGCGCUCACGCCUCCACUUUUUUUUUUUUGUUUUGCCUUAAAACCGCUACGUUACGAGUAGUUUGAACCAUCACAACUUUGAGGAGACUUCAUACCUUUUUCCCCUCUCCAACAAUGGGGGACAUCGAGGCUCCCAGCUCAAAUCGGGCGCGUCAGACUGUCCUGCUUUCUGUUCUUCCGAGCAAAGAGUUCGCCACCUCCAGGAAAGGAAUGCUGCUUAUUGCUGAAGUGGCUCUGUCCUUCAUAUCAUUUGUGUGCUUCGCAGCGUCCACGGCGGCGGCCUUCGUGACGGUUCCAGUGCUGGAGUUCCUGGGUGCUCUCUUCUUGUUGUUUGCUUACUCCACCAAAUUCAAUGAGAGGUUUAAAGGAUUCCUCUGGCCUCUUAUGGAUUUCAUGAGAUGUGUGACUGCCUCCAUUAUCUUUUUCAUCAUCUCCAUAAUGGCAGUGUCCAAAUAUGUGGACGGUUCCUCAAAGGCUGCUGGGAUAUUUGGAUUUAUUGCCACCAUUGUUUUUGCUUUAGAUUUUUAUCUCAUUUUCAAUGAGCUGGCCAGUUUCCUAAAGCAAGGAGGAGAAUCCAACGAUGAACCAUCAAGACAGCAAGAUGAUUCUUCAGAUUCUGACUCAGAUUGAAACCACAGGGACCCGAACCAGCAGAUAUGUUUGAUCAGACAAACUAGAACGUUGUGGGAGAACCGACGACUGCUGAGCUGCCAUCUGCAAAGACCUGCAAGUGUUCCUUUGCUCCACAAGAUUACAUUAAAACUGCGUCCAAAUUACAUGAAGUUUACAAAAUAAUACAAAAUCGGUUCCUUUUCUUGCCGAACUCAUAUCCAGUUUCCUAAAUGAUUUGGGAAAAAAAUGUAAAUGCCACUAUCAAACUGAUACUUUGAUAAAACUGUGAAAUUCUUCCGUUUUGUUACUCUGAGUGUUUGUACGAAAUAUGAGCAAAAUAUCAGGCAUAAGCCUGUGUCUAAAUAUGAAAUAAUGAAUAAUAUGAACUUUGGGAAUUUGUUGUGACCCUGUUUAAAGACAUGUCAAAAUAUAACACUAAAUUAUUCUCCUCAGAUGUACUAAUAACAAAGUCGUGUUGUAACUAAAGUGUUUCAACCCUUUAUAUAUGUCAGUGCAAAAAAAAAAAAUGCAGAGACAGGAGGUCUAUGUAAGCAGGGCAUCAUCAUUUAUAAACUUACAGUAAUACUGUAGAAAAACAUGCACAGUAUAGAAGAGUGGUUGACUGGUUACAACCUCUGUCCACUUGUCUUAACUCUACGCGAGUGUACUUUUAAUCAUUUGAAGAUGUUUGCUUACAUUCUGUUUAAUUUGACCUUGGACCUCUGUGACGUGUUGUACUGCAUGAUUUUUCAGGGCUGUGACAUUGUUUAUACAUCCUAAAUGAGUUUGAAUGAGAUCAUGAAUUUAAGCAACAGAAAAGAUGCACAUUUUUUAAACAUACUCAAUUAAUAACCCAAUGCUUUAGAGACUCUUAUGCUUCUAUGCUUCUGCUGUUUGUCCUUCUUACUAUUAUGUUGAUAAAAAAAUGCGAUUUUUCAACAUGUUGUAAAAACGUGCCAUAUGAUGAAAUAAUGUAAAGGAGGCCGUGAAAAACACUCCAGAAAGGUUUUCUUUGAAAAAAAAAAUCAUCAUGAAUUUUGGCGCAAAAAAACGCCAUAGUAUAGUAUGUCGAAAAAAAAAUGCGAUUUUUCAACAUGUUGUAAAAACGUGCCAUAUGAUGAAAUAAUGUAAAGGAGGCCGUGAAAAACACUCCAGAAAGGUUUUCUUUGAAAAAAAAAUCAUCAUGAAUUUUGGCGCAAAAAAACGCCUUACUAUACUAUGUCGAAAAAAAAAGCGAUUUUUCAAACAUGUUGUAAAAACGUGCCAUAUGAUGAAAUAAUGUAAAGGAGGGCGUGAAAAACACUCCAGAAAGGUUUUCUUUGAAAAAAAAAUCAUCAUGAAUUUUGGCGCAAAAAAACGCCAUAGUAUAGUAUGUCGAAAAAAAAAUGCGAUUUUUCAACAUGUUGUAAAAACGUGCCAUAUGAUGAAAUAAUGUAAAGGAGGCCGUGAAAAACACUCCAGAAAGGUUUUCUUUGAAAAAAAAAUCAUCAUGAAUUUUGGCGCAAAAAAACGCCUUACUAUACUAUGUCGAAAAAAAAAGCGAUUUUUCAAACAUGUUGUAAAAACGUGCCAUAUGAUGAAAUAAUGUAAAGGAGGGCGUGAAAAACACU